CAGUUGCAUCAUUUCCGCUGUCUCUGUUCACCGGCGACGGCCAGCAUUCAUCAUGGUGGAAGCAGUGCCAGAGUCCAUCCACUUCCCCACUGAGGAGGAGCAAAUCCUGCAGUUCUGGCAGAAGAACGACUGUUUCCAGGAGUGUCUGAAGCAGUCAAAGAGCCGGCCCAGGUUCACGUUCUACGACGGGCCGCCCUUCGCCACAGGUCUGCCUCACUAUGGUCAUAUUCUGGCGGGAACCAUCAAGGACAUCGUGACGCGAUUCGCUCAUCAGAACGGCUUCCACGUGGAGCGGCGCUUCGGCUGGGACUGCCAUGGCCUGCCGGUGGAGUAUGAGAUCGAUAAAUCUCUGAACAUCAAAGGACCCGAGGAUGUGAUGAAGAUGGGCAUCGAGGAGUACAACAAACAGUGCCGGAGCAUCGUCAUGAGAUAUGCUGAUGAGUGGGAGAACUCGGUGAGGCGGAUGGGGCGCUGGAUUGACUUCAGGAACGACUAUAAGACCCUCUACCCCUGGUUCAUGGAGACUGUGUGGUGGGUGUUUAAGCAGCUGUAUGACAGUGGUCUGGUGUACCGCGGGGUGAAGGUGAUGCCGUUCUCCACCGCCUGCAACACUCCGCUCUCCAACUUUGAGGCCAAUCAGAACUACAAGGAUGUGCAGGACCCGUCAGUGAUCGUCAAUUUCCCGUUGCUGGAGGAUCCGUCUGUCAGCUUGAUCGCCUGGACCACCACACCCUGGACCCUCCCCAGCAACCUGGCACUCUGCGUCAACCCAGAGCUCAUCUACGUCCGGGUCAAAGACAACAGCUCACAGAAGAUCUACAUCAUGAUGGAGGCCAGACUCGUCGCUCUCUUCAAGUCUGACUCUGAAUACACCAUUCUGGAGCGAUUUCCUGGCAAGACUCUGAAGGGCAAAAAAUACAAGCCUCUUUUCGAGUACUUCAUCAAGUGUAAGGAGACCGGUGCCUUCUCGGUAGUGAUGGAUAAUUAUGUUCGUGAUGAUGACGGUACAGGAGUCGUCCAUCAGGCCCCGUACUUCGGAGCUGAUGAUUAUCGUGUGUGUAUGGAGUAUGACAUCAUCCAGAGAGACUCCGCCCCCAUCUGCCCGGUCGACCCAUCUGGCAUAUUCACUCCGGAGGUCACACACUUCGCCGGACAGUAUGUGAAGGAUGCAGACAAAAACAUCAUCAAGUGGCUGAAGGAGAACGGACGUCUGGUGAGCGCCAGCUCCUUCAAGCACAGCUACCCGUUCUGCUGGAGGUCGGACACGCCGCUGAUCUACAAAGCAGUGCCCAGCUGGUUUAUAAGGGUGGAGCACAUGGUGGAGAAACUUCUGGACAACAACAGCAAGUGCUACUGGGUGCCAGAGUUUGUGAAGGAGAAGCGUUUCGGGAACUGGCUGAGGGACGCCAGGGACUGGGCGGUGUCCCGCAACCGCUACUGGGGCACACCUAUCCCUCUGUGGGUCAGUGACGACUUCGAGGAGGUGGUGUGUGUGGGAUCCAUGGCGGAGCUGGAGGAGCUGACGGGAAUUAAAGUCACUGAUCUCCACCGAGAAAGCAUUGACGGCCUCACCAUCCCCUCUCGCUGUGGGAAAGGGCAGCUCCGGCGGGUUUCGGAGGUGUUCGACUGCUGGUUCGAGAGCGGCAGUAUGCCCUACGCUCAGGUGCACUACCCGUUUGAGAACAGGCGCGAGUUCGAAGACGCAUUCCCUGCAGACUUCAUCGCAGAGGGCAUCGACCAGACCAGAGGAUGGUUCUACACGUUACUCGUGCUCUCGACGGCUCUGUUUGGGAAACCGCCAUUCAAGAACGUGAUCGUCAACGGUUUGGUUUUGGCCAGUGAUGGGCAGAAAAUGAGCAAGCGGAAGAAGAAUUACCCCGACCCCGGACUCAUCGUGCAGAGCUACGGUGCAGACGCACUACGGCUGUAUCUGAUCAACUCUCCUGUGGUUCGAGCUGAAAACCUGCGCUUCAAAGAGGAAGGAGUUCGAGAUGUGCUGAAAGACGUCUUCCUACCCUGGUACAAUGCAUACCGGUUCCUGGUGCAGAACGUCCAGAGACUGCAGAAGGAGGAAGGCGUUGAGUUCCUGUACAACGAGAGGACGUCCAGCGUCAGCAACAACAUCAUGGAUAAAUGGAUCCAGUCUUUCACACAGUCACUCAUUCAGUUCUUCCGGGACGAGAUGGGAGCCUACAGACUCUAUACUGUGGUGCCCAAGCUUGUCAAGUUUGUGGAUAUGCUCACUAACUGGUACGUGCGGAUGAACCGCCGGCGGCUGAAGGGUGAAAGUGGUUCUGAGGACUGCGUUCGUGCUCUGGAAACCCUCUUCAGUGUCCUGUUCUCCAUGUGCAGACUGAUGGCUCCGUUCACUCCGUUUAUAACCGAGCUGAUGUACCAGAACCUGCGGCACCUGCUGGACCCGGCAGCAGUGGAGGAGAAGGACACCGGCAGCAUACACUACCUCAUGCUGCCACAAGUCAGGGAGUCUCUGAUUGACCAGCGUAUUGAGAGUGCGGUGUCUCGGAUGCAGUCGGUCAUUGAGUUGGGUCGUGUAAUCAGAGACAGGAAGACUCUGCCCAUCAAGUAUCCGCUGAAGGAGGUGGUGGUCAUCCAUCAGGACCCAGAGGCUCUCACUGAUAUCCAGUCCCUGCAGAACUACAUCCUGGAGGAGCUGAACGUGCGCCAGCUCACUCUCUCCACUGAUAAGGACCGAUACGGCAUCCGUCUGCGGGCCGAACCCGAUCACAUGGUGCUGGGCAAACGGCUGAAAGGAGCCUUUAAAUCCGUGACCGCGUCCAUCAAAGAGCUGAAGAGUGAAGAGCUGGAGGAGUUCCAGAAGACAGGUUGUAUAGUGGUGGAUGGUCAUGACCUGCGUGAGGAGGAUCUGCGUCUUAUGUACACCUUCGAUCAGUCGUCUGGAUCCGCGUCUCAGUACGAGGCUCACUCAGACGCUCAGGUGCUGGUUCUGCUGGACGUCACGCCGGAUCAGGCCAUGCUGGACGAAGGAGUGGCCCGAGAGGUCAUCAACCGCAUCCAGAAACUGCGUAAGAAGGGUCACCUGGUGCCGUCAGAUGAGAUCACGGUGUUCUACCGCUGUCAGCCGGCUGGUGAAUAUCUGCAUCAGGUGAUGGCACACACAGACUUCAUCCUGGCCACCACUAAAGCUCCGCUCAGAGCGUACCCCGUGUGUCCCAACGCCAGCGUCAUCGUGCAGGAGAACACACAGCUGAAGGGCUCAGAUCUGGAGUUGACUAUCGUGCGAGGCUCCUCCUCUUCCUCCGUCUGCAGGGCUCCUGUGAGCGGCUCGGCGUGUGCGUUUGUGAACCUCAGAGUGUCGCUCAAAGAUAAACAGCAGGACGGUGUGGUUCUGCUGGAGAACCCCAAGGGAGACAACAGACUGGACCUGGAGCAGCUGAAGAGGAUCUGCUGCAGUGUGUUCGGCCUCAACGGAGCUCCAGUCUCCAUAUUCAACGGCAAGACAGCACUCAGCAGCAGCACUGAUCUGCUGUCUCUGAGCGGCAGGACUCUGACUGUGAGCUCGGCUGCGGGUUCGAGUCCUGCAGAUGUGAGCAGCUCCGAGUCUCUGCUGUGUCCGUAUGUGAACCUGCAGCUCGUCAACGCCAGUCCUGCAGAGUGUCGGACUGGAGACGUGGCGACGCUGCUCCUGAUGAACCCUGAGGGUAAAAACCUCCUCCAGUUCUCAGAUCUGCUGAGAGAAACGGCUAAAGUGUUCGGUCUGAGAGGAAGAAGACUGAUGCUCUACACUGAUCCACAGCUCACUGCAGAGCUGAAGGCGUCCUCUAUGAAGACUCUGAACUCGAAGACGCUCUACGUGAAGGUUCUUCCAACAACAGCAGAAGCGUAACUGAAAACAUCAUCACGUCUGUGUGUGUGUUCAUGUACUGUCAGUGGUGUAGAGGGAAAACUAUUCAAUAAAUAAAACAACAGCAGCUGA